CCCGGCUCGGGGCGUGCCCGGAAGACGGCGGCGGCGCCGGGCCCGGUGCCUGGUGGCCUCCAGCAGCCUCGGUGCCUUUCCGCCUCCGUUGCUUUGCCUACCGGCCUCCGGCCCCGCCGCCUCCGCCAUGGCCGGCGGCGCCUCGGCCGCCGACUGCCUGCGGGAGUGGGAAGAGCUGCAGGACGGCUACCAGCGCAUCCAGGAUAAUCACAAGCUGUACAAGCAGAAACUCGAGGAGCUAACCAAGCUGCAGGACGGGAUCUCCAGCUCCAUCGCACGGCAGAAGAAGCGGCUGAAGGAGCUGUCCUUGUCCCUCAAAAAAUGCAAGGCCCACGUGAGUCCCGAACAGCAGGAGUCCAUCCAGGAGACCCAGAGCCUAAUCAAAGAGAGGCAGAACGUCUUCUUUGAGAUGGAGGCCUAUCUGCCAAAGAAGAACGGGUUGUACCUGAGUCUGGUGCUUGGGAACGUGAACGUCACGCUGCUCAGCAAGCAGGCUAAGUUUGCCUACAAAGAUGAGUACGAGAAGUUCAAGCUCUACCUCACCAUCAUCUUGCUCAUCGUGUCCUUCUCCUGUCGGUUCCUCCUCAACUCCAGGGUGACAGACGCCGUCUUCAACUUCCUCCUGGUGUGGUACUACUGCACCCUCACCAUCCGGGAGAGCAUCCUGAUCAACAACGGAUCCAAAAUCAAGGGCUGGUGGGUUUUCCACCACUACGUCUCCACGUUCCUGUCGGGCGUCAUGCUGACUUGGCCGGAUGGGCUCAUGUACCAGAUGUUCAGGAACCAGUUCCUCUCCUUCUCCAUGUACCAGAGCUUUGUGCAGUUCCUCCAGUACUACUACCAGAGUGGGUGCUUGUACCGGCUCCGAGCGCUGGGCGAGAGGCACAACAUGGAUCUCACUGUGGAGGGCUUCCAGUCCUGGAUGUGGAGAGGCCUCACGUUCCUGCUCCCCUUCCUCUUCUUUGGGCAGUUCUGGCAGCUGUACAACGCCGUCACCCUCUUCCGGAUGAUCCAGCACCCGGAGUGCAAGGAGUGGCAGGUCCUCAUGUGCGGCCUCCCCUUCUUCAUCCUCUUCCUGGGGAACUUCUUCACCACACUCCGCGUUGUCCACCAGAAGUUUCAGAACCAGAACAAAGACACCAAGCGGGACUGAAGAGGGGCGCUGUAGGGGCCAGGACUUGUUUCUCCCCACUGGCUCUGUCCUCCGUUCCCAUCUCCUUGCCUCGAUGCCGUCCGGACUCGGGUGUCUCUCCCCGUUCCGUGGAAGCCCGGACACGGGACAGAGCUCGGGGGCUGCUCAUGAAUAGAAGCGUUCGCUGCA